UACAAACCAUCCAGCUCGUGCACUCCUCCACGUGCGAAAGCAUUUCAGUCACAUUGGCAGACUCACAGCUUCACGAUGAAACGACCAAAGCUAAGAAAAGCAAGUAAGCGUGUGUCAUGUUCCAAACGGUAUAAAAUACAAAAGAAGGUUCGGGAGCACACCAGAAAACUCAGAAAAGAGGCAAAUAAGAAAGGUGUGAGCAAACGAGUGAAGAAGGAUCCCGGAGUCCCCAGCAGUGCUCCCUUCAAAGAGGAGGUCCUCAGAGAGGCAGAGCAGAGGAGGCUACAGAUUGAAGAAGAAAAAGCGAAAAAAAGACAAGUUAAGAUAGAGGAGCGAGCCCAGAAAAGGAAAAAGGAGAAGGAAGAUGCAAACAAAGAUGUGGAUCCUAAGGCUAAGAGGGCUCGACAGGAUGAAGCUUGGCAGCUUACAGAGAAAAAGGCUGGCCCGGAUAAGAACUCAAAACCGUAUCUUUGUUCUGAGUUAAACAAGGUAAUUAAUGCAUCAGAUGUAGUGAUAGAAGUCCUUGAUGCUCGGGAUCCGAUGGGCUGCAGGUGUCCACAGCUGGAGGAGGCAGUGCUGCAGAGUGAUGGCAAAAAGAAACUGCUUUUUGUUUUAAGCAAGAUAGAUCUGGUACCAAAAGAAAAUGUGGAGAGGUGGAUACAGUCUUUACAACUAGAAUUUCCAGUUGUUGCGUUCAAAGCAUCAACACUGAUCCGGGACAAAACUGUGCAAGCAAAGAGAAGACGUAUAGAUCCCUCGAAUGAUGUUUUAGACAGAUCCAGAGGAGCAGCCUGCUUUGGAAACAAUUGUCUCACUGAACUCAUAACACGUUUUGCUGCAAACACACAGAGUGAAACGACACUCAAAGUGGGCAUAGUUGGCUUUCCUAAUGUCGGGAAGAGCAGUCUCAUCAACACCAUGAAGGGAGUCCUUGCGUGUAAUGCUGGAGAACAGAGAGGCAUCACAAAAUCUAUGCAGGAGGUGCACAUCUUAAAGAAUGUGAAGCUAGUUGACAGCCCAGGAGUCUUGGCAUCACUGUCCAACCCCCCAGCCUCUAUGGCUCUGAGGAGCCUGCAGGUGGAGGAGGGUCAGGAGAGUGUUCUGGAGGCAGUCAGGACUCUGCUCAAGCAGUGUGACAAGCACCAGAUCAUGCUUCAGUACAAUGUCCCCGACUUCAGAAACUCACUGGAGUUUCUGACCCUGUUUGCCAAAAAACGUGGAUAUCUGCAGAAGGGUGGAAUUCCUAACACAGAGCAGGCGGCCACAGCUUUCCUCACUGAAUUGACCGGGGCCAAGCUGAGCUACCACUGUAAGCCACAGGAGAAGCACAGCCUCCCUUCAUACAUGUCUGAAGCUGUGGCUGCUGAGAUGAAGAGUGGCUGGGAUCUGGACUAUCUGAAAACAGGCAAUGAGGAAACUCUUAAAGGUGUCAAAUUUCCAAACCAGGCCAGCAGUAUAAGUUUCACCUCUAAAGGUCCGACUGCAGGGCUGCUGAGUGUCGGUGACGUCUCUGAAGACAAAGCUGGCGCCGUCGCCACAGAGGGAGAAAAGCAGAAUAAUGAGCCUGAAAAAACUGCUGAGGAGGCAAGUGAGUCAGAAGCACCAGAGCGGCCACAGACGACGUCACUCCCAAAAAAACAAGCCCAUGUGCAAUUCCAGUCGGUCCCCAUCGACAUCAGCCUCUCUGCAGCUACGACAGACGACGCCUACGACUUCAACACAGAUUUUAAAUGAGCUUUGCCUGUUUCUGAAGUGUGCUCAUUUUGUCUGGAGGACAUGUGGACCUGAAUCCGUUUUGAACACCCUCACCUGGUUGAGUGGUUCAAGGCUGUUCUUGGUCUUUUCUUCAGAAUGGAAAUCUGGUUGACAGGUUCCAGACCAGGACUUACAUUUUUAUCCUGGACUAUAUUCUUCAAUUCAGAAUUCUGUUUAUCUAGGAGUACUCCCAGGAAAAGAACUAUAUAUGAUCAGUGGUUCUCAAAAUCCACAGACUUCUUUCUCAUUAUCUGUGGAAAACAGUGGAUUUAAAAUGUCCAAAGGUCAUUUGUAAUCAUAUGUUCAUGCAGAAUACUGUAAAUAGAUGACAAACAAAUGUAAAUGUAAUAAACCUUGACAAAGACUAAA